AUGACACACAAGCACAAUAAUAAACCUUCAAAGAAGGUCAAAAAUAAAAAUGUAGAAUACAAAAAUGUUAUAAUUGUAUGUACCAUUGACUUUUGUCAUUUGGGUUACAACGUAUGGGGCAAAAGAAUUAUCCGACAAACUGCUGGAUAUCCAAGUGGACUGGUCAAGAAGAUUACAGCUGGUCGAGAAGAUUACAUCUGGUCAAGAAGAUUACGACUGGUCAAGAAGAUUACGACUGGUCGAGAAGAUUAUCCGGAUAAUGAUGGGCAAGAACAUCAGGACAAGAAGAACAGCUGGUAUCCGGAUACUGCUGUCCAAGAGGAAUAUCCGGCCAGCUGUAAAAAAUCCGGCCGACUGCUGGACUAG